CUUUCAAGGGUCCCAAGAUGCUCUUGGCACCGUUAGAUCACACAAAACACAGAUACUUCCCGCAAACGUAACACCUUCAGGGUGUGUGUUUAAAUGCGUUAUUUCUUCUUUGUAAGCACUGCCUGAUCAAUAAUUGCUGUAGAAGAUGGCAAAAUCGGCAAAUCCCGGAUUUCUGAUGGGUCACGAAGAAUACAUGCAAUGGCAGAGUAUUUCGAAGAAUAGGGAAACGCGCGCUGCGCGUCGCGUGUCGUAAAUGCCAGAUCUCCACAGAAAAAACUACGUCUUUAAAUAAGCGCUCGGCAGUUCUGACAGCAGCGGCUGGGUGGCGCUCCAGGGACGAGCCCCUAAUUUCAAGGCUUCAGUUCUGAGGAAACCCAGAACAGAUUUAGUUGUUUCCCCCCCUCGGCAUUGUGACGUCGCUGUGUCUGGAAUUCUGAGGCACAGAGGCGAACGCGUUCCGAAGCGCGUCGGAGCGGCCGCAGGUGUCACGGUUCCGAAACCGCCUACGGGCUGGGCACCCGAUUUGUCUGGGCGACUUGACAACGCCGCGGACUGCACACAGACACGCACGCCUCCCCGGCCGCACUCCACUGCUGGGGUUCUUGUGAAUGGCUCUAGGCGGGCCCUGCCCUUCCCUCGUUGACGUCAGGGGUUGGGGUUGGUUAGGGACGACGUGAGGAGCGGAGAAAGAGCGCGGCGCCAUGUGUCUCUGGGAGACUGGCGCUCUGAGACCAGGGGCAUUUCGGAGUGCAGAGGGAGUGCGCCAUGUGCCGUCUGCACUGUCCGGUAUUCGCCCUCCAGUAACCCGCAGAGGGUAACGCAGCGUGGGUGAUGAAAGUGCGUCGCGCCGAAGCGGAGGGAGCAGGUUUUCCUUUGGGCUUGUUUGCGGCGGCGGCGGAUCCCUACCAAACUUGUACUGCGCCGCCGGGGCGAGGGGCAGCGCUGGAUUUAAAGGGCCAGUAGCCGCCGCUGAACUUCGCAGCCAUGGCGAGCGAGGAGGGCACGCUGUCGGACCUGGAGCGGGACCGGCAGUACUGCGAGCUCUGCGGGAAGAUGGAGAACCUGCUGAAGUGCGGGCGCUGCCGAUCCUCCUUCUACUGCAGCAGGGAACACCAGAAGCAGGACUGGAAGAAGCACAAGCUGGUGUGCAAGGAGGCGGGGAAAGCGCCGAGCCCGUCGCAGCCGGAGAAGAACCGGGCGGUCCGAGACGGGAAAGGAGCACAGCCGCCGCAGAAGGCCCGCCCCGGGCCGGACACGCCGGCUUCCCAGAGCCCGGCGGACACGGGGCCUCCGGAGAGGGAAGGGACGACGGAUCAUAUCAACUGCGCGGACGAGCCGGGUGGCAUCGCCAACAACAAGCAAGCCGGGGACGGGAUUCACAAUAACAUUAAGCCCAACGGUCAGACGAAAGCCCAGCCUCAGAAGCUGGCCAUGGAGUACAUCGUGCCCUGCAUGAACAAGCACGGCAUCUGUGUGGUGGACAAUUUCCUCGGGGAAGAGGUUGGACUGCGCAUCCUGGAGGACGUCAGAGCCCUCCACCAGACCGGCAAGUUCACGGACGGCCAGCUGGUCAGCCAGCGGAGCGACUCCUCCAGGGACAUCCGGGGCGACAAAAUCGCGUGGAUCGAGGGGAAGGAGCCCGGCUGUGAGAAGAUAGCCUUUCUCAUGAGCCGCAUGGACGAUCUGGUCAGACACUGUAAUGGUAAACUGGGAAACUACCAAAUAAACGGGAGGACGAAAGCGAUGGUGGCCUGCUACCCAGGCAACGGAACAGGAUACGUGCGGCACGUCGAUAACCCGAACGGUGAUGGGAGAUGCGUAACUUGUAUAUAUUAUCUUAAUAAAAAUUGGGAUGCCAAGGAACAUGGGGGUCUGCUCCGAAUAUUCCCGGAAGGCAAAGCACAGUUUGCCGACAUCGAGCCCAAGUUUGACCGGCUGCUCUUCUUCUGGUCCGAUCGGCGCAAUCCUCAUGAAGUCCAGCCAGCUUAUGCCACGAGGUAUGCCAUAACAGUGUGGUAUUUUGACGCAGAUGAAAGAGCUCGGGCUAAAGAAAAAUACUUAACAGGGGCAGGAGAAAAGGGAGUGAAGGUUGAGCUGAAUAAACCCCCAGACACGAGUUUCUGAGAAGCUGAAGAGGUCGACUGCAGGCCCCGGCUUCUCGCUGCCAGGAGAGAGUGAGGCGAUUCGCUGUGAAAAGCGGGAAGAAGCAGCUCCUCUGCCGUCUCCACUUUCCCGUUGAACAUGGCUGACCUUGAAUGUUUCGGCAUUGCACUGUGAGGACUGAAGUUUCCGUGUCUUUGGUUUUGCUUUCUGUGAAAAACACUGACGUUAAAGCAAUCACAGAACUCUCUUAUUUGCUUGAUGCAAAUGAAAACUAUUAUAUAUGUAAAGGCUGGGUAUUGAUCAGAGCACAUUGAGCAGCACAGUGCAUUUUAUCUCUGGUGUUUACUGUCACAUUUAGAUUUCUUGGUAACUGUAUAAACAUGAAAGGUACAACAUACUGGAUUUUCUUUGGAAUGAUAACCUGUAUUCAUGGAAGGAGUUCAUCUAUACUCCUAAGGUUUGCCUAAAGUGAGAGCUAAUCAUAAUCCCAUUACAAGUAUUUAUUGAGUUGCUUAAGUACACAGAUGGGGUGCUUCAGUUGCUAGCCUGUAUGGAUUGUGACGCUCUUUUCUUUCACUGGCUGUUGCUUGGUAACUUGACAUGGUGUUUGAGAUCUGCAAGCUUCACUACAUCAGUGAGGAUCUCUCGAUUGUCCGAACUGUAUCUUAAACCACGACAAAUACCAGCGCAUUCACUUUUCUAUAUGUGACUCUGCUUUAUAAAUGCUUUCCAAGUCUCUUCUAAGACUGUAAACUAAUAGGCAUAUUAUCUCCCUUUUCUGAAUGGAAAAGUUGGUCCUGAACCCCUGUUCUUUGUAGACGUUCAGGAGGUUAAUUCUGAACGUUCUAGGUUUCACUCCCAAGAAGAGACAAGGUCUUUUUUUUUUUAACUGUGAGACUGUAAAUUGUAAAGUGCUGCAGUUUUGCAAGCUGUUGUGGUAUGAACACCCAAAAUUUCAUAAUGCAGUAGAUCGUUUUCACCUGCAGGUCAUCUGUACAACAGCACAGAACUGACCUUUCAGAGCUAACUAGUAGAGCAUUGAUUGGCCACUUGGGGAGGAACCAAAGAAGGUUGAUGUCUUGGGAAGAAGCACUUUCUUCUGUGCAAGAACAUUGAUGACAUUUUGUGAUCCUCACAGAAUACACACUGAAUACUGUGAGCAGUGAAUGAGAUCCCAGACCUUCUAUACAUUUUAUUGUAAUCAAGGGGGUGCUGGCAGAUAAGUGAGGUUUCCAGCAUUGUCCAAACCUUCCCCUUUAGUCCAGUUAGACUCUGGGCACGCUCACGCAACACUAAACUCUCCCUAGAGGGGAAGAAGAGCUGAAAGCCUUCUCCCAAGAGAAAUAAAGACUUCGUUAUGGGCUGAUGUAUUAGUCUGUCCACAGGGAAGCUCACUACAACCACCCAAAACACAGAUCUCAAAACAAGGGCUUUAACCCUGUCUAGCCAGCUGAGCCCUAUUCACUCAGGAUUCAGAUCAUGCCUGUUUGGCUCGCUGUCACCAGACAGGAGUGCAGUGCUUUUCACUUUCACAGAGGCCCUGGAAAUUGUACUGCUCCUCAGACUACUGGCCUUGAUUGUGCUAAAUGCUAAAAUAACAUCAGAAAAUAAUCAUAAAAUGGCAUUUUAAGUUUUAAAUUCAAAGUCUCUAAUUUAUUCCAUUAUACCCAGAUGUGUUCUUAUUCUCCAACAACAAUCUCCUAAUCAGAUUUUUUUACAUGCAGAAGAAAGAAGAAAAACUUGGGUUAUUCCGAUUAUUUUUUCCUUUUUCGCAAAGUUAAUUAGUCCAUUUAAUGUUUCAAUGUUUGUUUUAACCUAUAACCUGUGCUGACUUUUACAGCUUUUUUGUAACGUCUUUGCUACUAAUCUUGAAAGAACGCGUAUGUACUUUACUAAUGUGAGCAGAUGCCAGAAACAAUUCUCAUUUAAAAAUACAGCUGUUUGUGUACUUCCUACCUGAAAAAGGUGAUGUGAAAGUUGAUUUUCCCAGGUUGCUCAGUGAGUGAGGAGUAAGGAUGUUCUCUGUAUGCAUAAAGAAAAGAUGGAGGACCUCACUGUUUAAUAACAGCACAGCUCAUUGCCAGAAACUGGCUUUGUGGGAUUUAGGAGUCAUAAGAAUGAGCCUUUCUGCUUUGAGCUGCCUUCAGUGUGCAGUGUGACAAUUGUCUUUACUCUGCCAUUGAAAGGUGACCCAUAACAAAGGAUGUUUCAGCGUUUGCCUUGAAGUCUACACAAAUGCGUCUCGUUCAGAGUAACAUGCGCUAAAGUACGUAAAAUGUGAUCAGGAGGGUGAGUUGCAACAUCCAAGGAAACCCUAUGGCAAGAGGUAAUUACUUUCUAUGGACACUGUGCGAAAUCCAUCUCAGUGUUUUGGAUUUUUGCUUUCUUCUGAGGGUCCUACUGGACUUAUGCUGCUCAGCAUGUCUGGUCAGGCACCUGUGUUAUGAGAUCAGUUACUUUAUUGUCUAGUCACUCAUUAAAGGCACACGGGUACCAUUCUCCAUUACACCAGGUUUAAAAGAACUUCAUCGUGAAAGGAGAGUCAGUCAGCCUCAGAAUUUUGUCAUCACUAUAACACUGAUUUUAGUACAAACGCUUCCUCCAGUAGAAAAUCAUAAUGUAAGCUAAUGGCAUAAUGCGAUAUCUCGACCUGCAUGAAGAGAUAUGGGUUUGCUUUUUUUUGUAUAUAAAUCAAUGUGAUAUAAAAUACAGUGUUAAUGAUGAAAUGACUGUCAGUUUGCUUGAUAAAUUAAAAAUCCAAAUCCAAAUGUUUUCAAUAAACACAUAGAAGCCUUGUGUAUG